ACAAUUGCUUGAUCGCAAUAAUCAUGGUACGAAAAUUAAAAUAUCACGAACAGAAGUUGCUGAAAAAGCUUGAUUUUAUAUCAUGGGAAGCAGAUAAUAAUCUACACGAAGUGAAAAUUUUGAAAAGUUAUCGAAUACAAAAAAGGGAAGAUUAUACGAAAUAUAAUAAGCUAUCACGGGAAAUUCGUGAAUUAGGGGAAAAAAUUAAAAAAAUUGAUGCAGAUCAUCCAUUUCGAAUAGAGCAGAGUGCAUUAUUGCUGGAAAAGUUAUAUAUAAUGGGACUUAUAAAUACAAAAUGGGAUUUGUCGCUAACACAAAAAGUAAAUGCAAGUUCGUUUUGCAAAAGACGAUUGCCAGUUAUUAUGGUACGAAAUAAAAUGAGUCAAAAUUUAAAGAUUGCAACACAAUUAAUAGAACAAGGUCAUGUUAGAGUUGGCGUAGAAGUUGUAAAAGAUCCAGCAUUUCUGGUAACAAGGAAUUUGGAAGAUUUUGUUACUUGGGUAGAUACGUCUGCUAUUAAGAAACAUAUAUUGGAAUACAAUAAUGCUAGAGAUGACUUUGAUAUGGCAUGAAUCUAGUAAAGAUAUUAAAAUCAAAAUUUCUUAAUUCUAAUAACUACUAUUAAAAUUCUCAAAUUCUCAAAAAAUAAUUAUAUGUUCAAUAAAUCAUUUAAUUAAUGUCUAUAGAACUUAAUUAUCCUUAAGAAUAGCUUUCUGACAUUUUUGAGGUUGUUUCAUAUGAAUUUCUUGAAAUAUAACUUCACGCAUUGUAUCCAUGUAAUUACUAAAAAGAAACAAUAAAUUAAAAGCUUUGAAAAUA